ACCAUCGCACCAGCCAUGGCGAGACCCAGUGCCCUCAUCCUUCUGCUGCUGCUCUUCCUUCUCCCUGGAGUCUCCCCCAACUGCUACACGGGCACAGCUGAGGAGUGCGAUGAGACCGUGGACUUCGUGCCCGCGCACAGCUUGGUGGGGGAGGGCAUCGACGUGACCACGCUGGAGUGGACGGGGGCCAAUCUGGUGGACACCAGUCUGUGGCGCCGCCCAAAUGGCACCUGCACCCUAUGCGAGAACCAGCUGCAGGGGAGACAGCACCAGAGGCUGCCGCUGGCCGUGGUGGACUGGAGAGUCCAAAUCUUGUGCAACCGGGACCUCAGCAGCUCAGUGAAAGAGUCAGCCGCAGCAGUGGGCCGGGCACUGGCGUUGGAUGUGAACAAUGACUGGAUGUCAGAGCUGGAGCUGCUAGAGGAGUCCCGUGGCCCGGCCUUGGGGGGGUCCAAAUCCCAGCUCACCAGCUACGCUUACCAGAAGGAGCUGCAGGACAAGUACAUGUUCGUGCGCCAAGAGAUACCCUGUGUGUAUUACAGGUUGAGGCUCACUCAACACCCCCCAUUGGCGCCCCAGUUCUCCCAGGCCCUGAGCAGCCUCCCAUCUAGCUAUGACUCAGCUAUAUACCGACCCUUCCUGGCCACGUACGGCACCCACUACGUGAGGCAGGCGGACCUCGGGGGGUACAUGCGGCGGCUGAUAGCCAUCCAGACCUGCCGGGCAGUGCUGGACGGGCUGACAGCUGCUGACAUCAAGGCGCGCCUCGAUUCACAGUUCUUGAAAGACCUGGGCCUGAGUCAGACCAGCAAGCAAAGCAGCCAGAGUGAGGAGAGCUCCCAGAUGCCCUACAUGGAGAAGCGCAUCCAGGUGAAGGGUGGCCACAGCUACUCCAAGCAGCUCCUCUCCACCAAGCAAGACGCCAACUCCUUCUCCACCUGGAUGGAGAGCCUCAAAGCCAGCCCCGACCUGGUCUCCUACUCUCUGAUGCCCAUCCACACCCUGGUGAGACCGGGCAACCGCCGACGGGAGGUGCUGAGGCAGGCAAUAAAGGAGUACGUGGCUGAGCGGGGGCACAAGAAGAGUUGCCCUCGUAGCUGCCCACAAGGGGGCCAGGCCGACGCCUUGGACCCCUGCAAAUGCUACUGCUCUGGCAACCCCAUAACCAACUCCAUGUGCUGUUCACUUAACCGGGGCAUGGCCCGGCUGAAGGUCCAUGUGCUGCAGGGCACAGACCUGUGGGGAGACACCGUGACCAACACCGACGCCUACGUCAGGGUCCUCUUCCAAGGACAGAUCAUGGAGACGGGCCACAUUCGUAACAAUAACAACCCCAUAUGGUCAAAAGACCUGGACUUUGGGCCAGUCAUGCUGCCAGUGAAGCCCGAAUUGAAAAUCGAGGUGUGGGACAAGGACCUAUGGAAGGACGAAUACCUGGGCAACUGCAACACCUACCUUGAGGUCGGCAAGAGCGAGACGCUCACCUGCAGCCUUGAAUACGGCCACUUGGAGUUUUCCUACACACUGGAGUGUGGGCCCAACCUGGGGGGCAACAACUGCCAUGAGUACGUGCCUGUGAGAGGCUGAAGGGAGAGAACCCAGGAGUCCUGGCUCCCAGCCCCCCUGCUCUAACCCACUAAACCCCACUCCCUUUCCCAAGCGUUACCAAGUGUCACAAGAAAACAAAGCGGUUACACCUUUCCAAGCUCACC